AUGUGGGGCGUUUGGCCUGGCCCACAGGAGGAGGAGCACUUGAAGUUACAGGUAGAGACAGAAGACACAGACAGGGAGCGCUCGCUGGGCGUGAGACAGUGGGGCAGUGUAGAGAGAGGUGGGAGAGAGCGAGAAUUGAGUUUUUUUUCCCUAUCUGGGUGGGUCACUUAUAAUACAACGCACUUGGAGGCAAGGGAAGAACGCGAAGGAGCAGCGGUCAUCUUAACGUGGAGCGCCAGGGUACACAUUUCUCCACAGGGGGAAGAAAAAAAAACCCAGGAAGUGAGUGAAAGAGAAGCUGAAAAAAACUCGAAGGAACACAGCCCAAGUUCGACUGUGAGGGCUGGUUUUGGGUUAAGGGUGAGAAAAGGCCGGAUUAAAGUGAGGAAUCCGCUGUGAGAAAAGAUGCCGAGGGUAGUUCCGGACCAGAGGAGCAAGUUUGAGAAUGAGGAGUUUUUCCGCAAGUUGAGCAGGGAGUGUGAGAUUAAAUAUACCGGCUUUAGAGACCGACCUCAUGAGGAGAGACAAGCCCGCUUCCAGAACGCUUGCAGGGAUGGACGGUCAGAAGUAGCCUUUGUAGCCACAGGCACCAACCUCUCGCUCCAGUUCUUUCCAGCCAACCUGCAUGGAGAUCAGAGACAGGUUCCUACCAGGGAGUAUGUUGACUUUGAGAGAGAGACAGGAAAGGUCCAUUUAAAGGCCCCAAUGAUCUUGAAUGGGGUGUGUGUGAUAUGGAGAGGUUGGAUCGACCUACAGAGGCUGGAUGGAAUGGGAUUCCUGGAAUAUGAUGAUGAGAGAGCACAGCAUGAGGACGCUCUGGCCCAGGCAGCGUUUGAAGAGGCUCGACGCAGAACCAGAGACUUUGAAGAGCGAGAGCGAUCACACAGAGAGGACCUAGAGGACCCUGUGGUUUCUAAAAUCUGGGACUGAUGACAGACAGACAGACAGCCAGCAGGAAACAACAGGUCCAGAAGACAGCAGGACCCCAGCCCUGGCUCACACAUGGCCAGCACUGAUGUGGACCACAAGAUACGCUGAGCAUGAUGAACAGUAAAGGGAAGAGGAGAAGAGAAGAACUUUUAUCCUUUCACUUUCAAUACAAUCAGCUGGAAAGACAUGUUGAAUUUCACCAUUAUUUACAAAUACAGUAUGUUAUAAACAUACUAUAUUUCAUCAAGAUAUUGGAAUAUGGAUUAUGAUUGAAUUGAAAGGGAACUAUAUCACUAUAUCAGAUUUUUUUUUUGUAAAAUCACAUUUAAAUGUGAGAAAUGUUGAUGAAAGUUUUGUAUCAAUGUUCCUUCAUAUAUGUGGGACAAAACUCAGAUUUUAAUACGUUGUUACAAAAGUAUAUAUUUUUGAUCACAACAAAACAAUGAAAUUCGAGAGUCAGGCGAUUUGUUAUUGAUAUCUGACAAGAACAAAGGCGAAAAUGAGACACGCAAAACAAUAGAAUGAAUAGCCAGGGCUUCCUAAAAACUCCAAAUGCUGAAACCUGCUGUUUUCUGACACCAAAGUUGACCUUUGCUGGACAAGAAAGGAGGCGGGAGGUCGAAAUGCCAAAAGAGAAAUUGUGUUUAUUUUAUUGUUUCUCCAAACAUCACAACGGUGAGACAACCAUACUAAAAUGGGUCAAGGGUAAUGUAGCGACAACCAAUCAAAAAAUAGAAUAGGGUAUUGACAUGCCAUUCAAGGGGUGUUUUGCACUAUGUGAUACAAUCAGUCACGUUCACAUGGAUUAUUGUUAUAUGAUUAUUCGCAUGAAACACAACACAGGGCUACCUAUUAGUGGGUUGUUUCACGAGCAGCCCGGAAUAUCGAUGAUAAAUAAUCGACUGAGUCAAAGUCACAUAAUAAUAAUAAUAAUUGUUUAGCCUUGAAUUCCCCUAUUUUUGUGUUAACUUUGAAUCAAGUCAUCCAGGUAUCCGUCAUCAUUUAAAGAUUGUAAGAGUGUGGGAAACUAUUUUUUAUUUUUAUUUUACAGCACUAGCGUGAUGACAUUUGUUACAUAAUUAUGACACGUAUCUUGUUUUUUUUUGUGUGUGUGUGAAGUCAUGAUGUUUACUUUUUAUAUUCCCACUGCUUUAUAUAUUCAUUUUUGUUCAUCUUUUUUUUUUUUUUGCUUUGAUUGUAACUAGUUGUAGUGUUUCAUGUAAAUCAGGUCAAGUUGGAAUUUACAAAAUACCAAAAAAAAAGUUUUGUUGCUUCGAUCUGCUUUUCUUUGUUUCAUGUAUUUUAUUGUGUGCUUUGAAUGUGGAUUAUCCAAAGCUCUGUCAUGAGGUGUCAUAAAUAUUUUAUACAUUUUAA